CAGGCUGGCUUUCAGGUCAUACCUAAAAGUUGGGGAUUUUCUGUUUUGGUUCUUAGAAAUGUAGUCCUUCCAGAAAUGAAUGCUAUCAUUUAGUUGAAGCUUAUUCUGUGUUAAAAAUUUAUGGGAAACUAGUGAGUGAUAGUGAGCUAUAUAUGCAUAUGCAGGAUCUCUCUGGUGUUCCACUGCUGGUAUUUUUGCCUUCUGAGUGGAAUUUUUCGAGGGGGCUAAAGAUGUAUUUGGUGGAAAGCAAAGGAGGUGCCAUAGCAUGCAUGCUUCUGUCCUUGUUCUUCUUGGGGACAUGGCCUGCUAUCCUGGCUAUGCUCGAAAGAAGAGGCCGACUUCCUCAGCAUACCUAUCUGGAUUAUUCAAUCACCAAUUUCUCGGCUGCUAUCUUUAUUGCUUUGACACUUGGUCAGAUAGGGAGUGGUACAGCUGAGGAGUCCAAUUUUAUAACCCAACUUUCGCAGUUGCCGGCGAAUUGGCCCUGUGUUUUAUUUGCAAUGGCGGGCGGGGUAUUCUUGAGCCUCGGGAAUCUUUCAACACAAUAUGCUUUGGCUGUUGUUGGUUUGUCAGUGACAGAAGUUAUCACUGCAAGCAUUACAGUUGUCAUAGGCACAACCUUGAAUUACUUCUUAGAUGACAAAAUAAACAAAGCCGAUAUUCUUUUCCCUGGUGUCGCUUGCUUCUUGAUUGCGGUUUGUCUUGGAUCUGCUGUUCACUCAUCCAAUGCAGCUGAUAACAAAGUAAAACUUGACAAUUUUCCAAGUGAUCCGAAAGAUGGAGGAAAGCAAUUAAGUGCAAACCCAAAUAAGGUGGAUGGGAAGGACCUAGAGACUGGAAAUGAUCAUGCUGUGAAAGCCAAGGCUGGGACAGCAGAUUUUCUUGUACAGCUUGAGAACCAAAGAGCAAUUAAGGUUUUUGGAAAGAGCAUUUUUAUUGGAUUGGGCAUAGCUUUGUUUGCUGGAGUUUGCUUCUCUCUCUUCUCACCUUCAUUCAACUUGGCCACAAAUGAUCAGUGGAACACUCUAAAGGAAGGAGUUCCUGAUUUGGUUGUCUAUACUGCGUUUUUCUACUUCUCAGUAUCGUGUUUUACCAUUGCCAUUAUUCUAAAUAUUAUCUUCCUCUACCGCCCUAUCCUAGGCUCACCAAAAACUUCAUGCAAAGCUUAUUUGAAGGACUGGGAUGGUAGAGGUUGGGCCCUUUUGGCUGGUAUUCUAUGUGGAUUCGGAAAUGGUCUCCAAUUCAUGGGAGGCCAAGCUGCAGGAUAUGCAGCAGCUGAUGCUGUUCAGGCAUUUCCACUUGUGAGCACUUUCUGGGGUAUACUUCUGUUUGGAGACUACCGAAAUUCAUCACAAAGAACAUACAUAUUGCUUAUUAGCAUGUUGGGCAUGUUUAUUGUUGCUGUUGCUUUGCUCAUGGCAUCAGCAGGGGAGAGAACAUAACAAUUCAACUGCAAAAUCCUUGUUAGAAAAACUGUGUACCUCUGUAUUAGAUCAUGAAUCAAGAUUCAAGCAAGAAAAUGCUGAAGAACAAAAUAGGCUCAUCAAUCAGGAAGAUUAUGACUUAUGAGUUGUGCAGGUGUUUGUGAAUGUGAAAUAUUCCACUGAAGAUUAUUUCUGUGG